UGAUAGUGACGUGCAGUUCUUCAUGCUAGCUGUUGCACCGAGGAUACAAUACAGGUGCUCAACAGUCCUAUGGCAUUAGCAUCGUUUCUCAGAAUCGUUAGCUAAACUGGAAAAUGACAACUCAGUGCACAGUGUACAAUUUUCGCAUGACUUUUCAACAUGCUGGAGAACACAGUGUUACAUGUAAAACUAGCUCUGAUAACACUUACCAACUCUUAACAAAGACCUUUGUGGAGACAUUUGUAGCAGACUCUAAGUAACAAGAUGCAACUCACAGGUAGAAAGUACGGACACUGUUCCUGUCUCAGUGUCACCAUCUAGUGGCAUAAACGUUACUUCAAAACGAUGAUUGACUGACAGCUGAAAGAUAUUGUCAAAAUAACGUUGUAAUUUGUUUAGCAGCACGGACGGACUGAUUAAAUGAAUAGUAAUAUUUAAUAUCUAUCAAAGACACCUAUAAUACUUUCCUAAUUUACUGAUGAGUAUCGUUUGCAUGGUGCGUCCAGUGAGGUGAAGUAAGACCUUGAAGACGGCGCCAUAAAACAUGCGCACUUACUAUCUCAUAAUUUCGACUUUUAAUCUCAUAAUUAUGACUUUUUAUUCUCAUAAUUUCGACUUCUUGUUUUUUUUUGACUGGCGGAAAUGGGCUUCCAUAGAACCCAUUACCUCAGGAGUCCCAGUCAAUGUUCUUAUCCUGUGAGCCAUGUGGACACACAAGCCACAUGGCCCACUAUAAGGGUAGAGGUAUAAGUUUGUCCACAAGGGGGUGCCAAACUCCAGACAGAGGCUUUAAAUAAAUUACUGCUAACUCAAUUCUGGAGUAUAAUCACUGUAUCCCUUUAGUACAUUCAUAGUGUUUCUCAGUUAAUAAUAAUAAUAAUAAUAAUGAAGAAACCAAAAACACAAAUAAUCAAAAAGUUUAGGGAGUUAACAUCAGCAGCUUUUUUCUUAAAAUAAAAACAAACACAAGCUCCAACUUUCAAUUGCAAUUUAUUUCAAGUGACGCUAAAAUGAAAAUCUAUGUUUAAAAAACUUAUAAACACUCCAUUUAUAUCCCAAACACACACAAUACCUAUAGCCACCCAAACUCUGCAGAUACAGUAAAUCCUUCUUCAGUAGCCGCUUCGUUAACACUUGAUCAAACAGUACGAGGACCUGUUGGAGUAUAACCCAGCUGCAGGUUGUCUGAAGGCCUGUGCCAAGCCUUGAUAUGCAUAAUAUUCAGGCCUGUGGUAUUAAUAACAACUCUGAUGGGUUUUUUAAUGUGCAGCUUAACAGUCGAGUAACAUCUGGUCCUUUGCAUGUUAAUAAAAUACACUCAAUGAAUGGAACGAAAGCACUUUUCAAUGUGAUUCUGUGUUACAAGAAAGAAUGACAAGGUGUGAAAGCAUCAUAUAAAUGUGCCCAAUGUAAUUGCAUACUUCUUAAAAUUGUUCCACAUGUAAGGAAGGCUAUAUAUAGACCCUACAAAAUAAAAGUCAAGGAAUGCACAGUGAGAUGUGAGCUCGUGAAACGAUGAGGGCGUCUCAGAAUAUGCGGGUACAGGACUCUGGACUCAGUGGAGGAAGGCGUGUGGAAGACAUCUCAUCUCUGGUGGAGGGACUACGACAGUAUCUCGGCAGAUUUCACACCACAAAAUGCAAGUCGGGACGUGUAGGUUUGGAGGUUGAGUGUCUGUGGAGAGGUAGACGACGUACACAAGCACCUCAUUCCCUAAAGCUUUUGUAGUAUUUGCUCUACAGACCACGAGAUUUCAAGAAUGGCUUUCUGCUCUCAUGUUUUGGUGCAGAUCUCGUCCCAUCGGACCCUGAGACAUUUCUGUUGGAUGUGAUUUGAACAGUGCUCCUGUAUAAACAUCACACACAUUUCUAAUCCCAAACUUGUCAUUUUUCACCUGAAACCCUCACACGCCCAACACACUGAUAGUCGUCACGCUGAAACCUGGACUGAAGCCUCCGCGGCAGACGCUGAAGAAGCUUUCUGGACGUUUAGUUUCGACCCUGGAUGUCAAAGUUGUUUCACUCAGCUUUGCUCCUUUCAGACUCAGGAAGAGGCCGGCUGAAUAGAUAAAGUCCAUGAAUGAGAUACUCUAAAAACCUGCAAACUGCAGUCAAGGCUGCACAGUUGGGGCUCUGGAUAUCAGCGGAGUAGAGCCAAGAGUUCACAGAUAACUCUCAGCCUGUGAUGUGGGUGCAGACAUGUGGUGACGAACUCAUCAACUGUGCAGCCCUGACCACACCUGGGAGUGAAAAGCGAGAGUUAGUUGCAGAAGAAGUUGUCGACCUGGAAUCUAAACGGUGCAGUGCAUUCCUUCUGAUGACCCA